ACGAGAAAAAUAAUUAAACACACUGUCUUAUGUUAUUUUUAUGUUAUAAUAGAUAACCGGAAGUUUUCGCGGACGAAUAUAACGUUUCUAAGUGUUGACGGAUCGACUUCCGGCAAAAUGACAACCCUGACUGACAAGGACUUGAAAGCGCCAAAAUCAAACGUCCAAAACAACAAAGAAUUAACCACUGAGCAGUUUCAGCUGAUUGAUGACGAGGAUGACGAAUUGCUGUCAUCAUAUAUUUCAAAUAUGGAAGAAACUUCAUACAAAAGCACAUCAUCAGUCACUGAUAUUGGCGAGAUUGGUCAGAAUACCAGUAACAGUACAGGGAAUGUAUUCAAGAAUUCAGCAUCAAGUUCUACAAGCUGUGAUAUGAAGGACAACUCAGGAUCCACUAUCCCCCUGAAGGGUAGAGACAAUAAAGACUUGACAACAUCCAUUGUUCAUUCUAAUGACCUAAAAGACACAGUAAUUAGCUUACAGGUCAGUACUAAUCCAACAAACUUGGACGAUUCCCGCGUUGGACCGGCAGGUGACACAGCAAGCUCUCAGGUCACAAUCCAAACGGACACAGCAUGCUCAGGGUCGGUAACUAGGACUGACCAGAUCAUCGUUGACCAAACAGACAAGUCUACCCCCCUGGAAAUGUUUCGGCCAGGAUACCUGUGGGUGUCGGAUAUUACCAGGCAGCACUGGUGUGAACAACAGUUAUUGUACAGUUUCACAGUCCCAGGGAUACUUGUGGAGGACCCAGUUAUGACAAAGGGGUCCGACCUCCACCUUCAAAGAGAACUUGCAGUUCAUGAUGUUGUCAAAAUAAACAUUACGUCUAGUGAAGAUGUAUGGGCUGUAAAGAUGUUGAACCUUCUAAACUCGGUACAGGCCUUCCUCCAUGGUUCACCAUUGGCAAGAGAAGUUCCGAUAUUUGGAGCUCCCUUUAAUGAAGAUGUUUUUGUCGUAGGACUUAUUGACGAGCUUCGGUUUGAUUUAGAAACCUAUGCUAUUGGUUUGUCAGAACUAAAAACAAGACUUUCCAAAACUAAACCAUCAAAAUCCCAAGAAAAACAACACCGACUGCAGGUUAUGUUGUACAAGAAACUGUUUGAUGACCUUGUGAAAGGCAAUGUUACAAAGGAUGUAAUAUCUCGUCACCUCCGCCUGAAGUUAACAAAAGAGGUCGGCGAGAGUGUUCAAGAAGAACUGAAUAAAUCAGGAUUAUCAUGUAAAACACUUGAUACUUUACUGGACAUGGUUUUUGGGAGGAUGGCAGCGGUCACAUGUAUUGGUGAAACGAGUGUUGAAUAUGUCCACCAGGAGUCAGGCCAGUCGUUUCUCCAUCAGGAUAUUGUGUAUGAUGAAGAGGAACUGAAAAACAUGUACCAUCACUACCUGGGAUUCUGGCGAGGGGAGAGGGCUGUACAAGGGGUUGAUAUUGAGGAUGCAUGGAAAUGUCAGCGAUGUGACUAUGAGUCGGUUUGUGAAUGGAGACAAACAAAGGCAGCUGAAUGUGUUAGAAAGAACAAACUAGGUAAAAGAUAGCUAGCCCAGCCUCAGAAAGUAUAAACUAGGUAAAAGAUAGCUAGCCCCGCCUGACAGAAACCCCAUGGCCAGCCUCAGAAAGAAUAAGCUACAUACAAGAUAGCCUCAGAAAUCUUUCUAUCAAAUUUAAAGCUUAAAACACUGCGAAGAUGAAAAAUGAGAUUGUUUCUUGGGGAUUUCUUCCAACUUUAUUGAAUUUAUUUAUGUAUAUCUUUGAUUUACCAGUACAAAUGUAGUCAGUGUUGGUUGUUACCUAUAGUGCAAAUGAGUUAAAAAAAAAAAAUUCAAAAGAAAUUGUACUUUCAGUGCUUUAUCUGUCAAUUUCUUUAUGCCUCAUGAUGUAUUACAAAUUCUUUGCAUUGCAUGCUAUCAGGGAAGGUUUUGUCUCAGUUUUAAAUGUAGGUCAAUAUGUUAAUAUUUCACAUACAUUUAACAUGUUAAUAUUCCACAGACAUGAUGUCAUAUGAAUUAUAUACCUACUGUAUAAAAUGUUGCCAUAAAAUAAAAAUAUUUAUUGUAUAUUACAGCUAAUAAAAUUUUAGAUUCUGAAAGCAUUUCAUUUAAAUAUAUAAACAUAUUUUUCCAUCUAACAGUAGUUGAAACUAGAUGUCAAUAAACUCAGCCCUUGAGCACAAAAACUUGAGAAGACCACAGCUUAAGUACAGCCCUACACAUGUGACAGUGUGUAUCUUUGAAGAUUUAGUUUGAGGUACUUAAAACAAGUUUUAUUGAAAUGUAUAUUUACAUAUACAUUUUUUAUGGUGUUACACUCCUACCAAUCUGUAUACCAUGUAGACACCUGAAAUGUGCUUUUAUUUACAUUAGAUUCGGGUAGACCAGUAUUUCUCUUGUAUCCAAUAUAAUAUCUGUGUUGAGAGAUUUUAGUGUGAUAUAUUGAUGCUAUAUUUAAUAUUUAUGACUGAAUAAAACUGAAUUGCAUUGUUACUGUGACGUUAUAAGUCUCUUCAGUACAUUUCAUCGUU